AUGGCAGCGAACCUGUGCGCUCCACUCGCUGCCUCUCAUCCCACAUGCCACCCAUCACAGCCACUGCACCCACCUCACCGCCUCCCCUCCAUUCCCCAACCACACGCCCCACCUCACACCCACACCCGCAUUGUGUCAGCCCUCUUUCCCCCUUCUCUCUCCCCUCACCCGCAUGGGGCCGCGCAUGUGUUCCAGCACAGCAGCCAGCCCAUCAGCGUCCACCACCUCGCCGUACUCGUCGCACCGCCCCCCGCCCCCCGCGCCCUCGCUCCACGGGAACACCGGCCCCGCCACCCACCCCUCGCGGUGCUGUGGCCGUGGGGCCGCGUGGCGGGGGAGAGUGCGGGGGAAGGGCGCGAGGGGCAGCGGAGAGAAGCCCUCACAAAAGACGUCCGAUGGGGGCAGUGGGGCCAAGGGGGACGGCUCUGGUGGUGGUGCACCAAGGAAGAGAAACGCGGCAUGCAUAUGCGCUCACAGCAGCUGCUCUCACACACCCAUCAACGCACCUGCCUCAUCAAUGCACCUGCCUCAUCAACCCACCUGCCUCAUCAACGCACCUGCCUCAUCAACCCACCUGCCUCAUCAACCCACCUGCCUCAUCAACCCACCUGCCUCAUCAACCCAUGUGCCUCAUCAACCCACCUGCCUCAUCAACCCACCUGCCUCAUCAACCCACCUGCCUCAUCAACCCACCUGCCUCAUCAACCCACCUGCCUCAUCAACCCACCUGCCUCAUCAAUGCACCUGCCUCAUCAAUGCACCUGCCUCAUCAACCCACCUGCCUCAUCAACCCACCUGCCUCAUCAACCCACCUGCCUCAUCAACCCACCUGCCUCAUCAACCCACCUGCCUCAUCAACCCACCUGCCUCAUCAAUGCACCUGCCUCAUCAAUGCACCUGCCUCAUCAACCCACCUGCCUCAUCAACCCACCUGCCUCAUCAACCCACCUGCCUCAUCAACCCACCUGCCUCAUCAACCCACCUGCCUCAUCAACCCACCUGCCUCAUCAACCCACCUGCCUCAUCAACCCACCUGCCUCAUCAACCCACCUGCCUCAUCAACCCACCUGCCUCAUCAACCCACCUGCCUCAUCAACCCACCUGCCUCAUCAACCCACCUGCCUCAUCAACCCACCUGCCUCAUCAACCCACCUGCCUCAUCAACCCACCUGCCUCAUAAACCCACCUGCCUCAUCAACCCACCUGCCUCAUCAACCCACCUGCCUCAUCAACCCACCUGCCUCAUCAAUGCACCUGCCUCAUCAACCCACCUGCCUCAUCAACCCACCUGCCUCAUCAACCCACCUGCCUCAUCAAUGCACCUGCCUCAUCAACCCACCUGCCUCAUCAACCCACCUGCCUCAUCAACCCACCUGCCUCAUCAACCCACCUGCCUCAUCAACCCACCUGCCUCAUCAACCCACCUGCCUCAUCAACCCACCUGCCUCAUCAACCCACCUGCCUCAUCAACCCACCUGCCUCAUCAACCCACCUGCCUCAUCAACCCACAUGCCUCAUCAACCCACCUGCCUCAUCAACCCACCUGCCUCAUCAACCCACCUGCCUCAUCAACCCACCUGCCUCCUCAACCCACCUGCCUCAUCAAUGCACCUGCCUCAUCAACCCACCUGCCUCAUCAAUGCACCUGCCUCAUCAACCCACCUGCCUCAUCAACCCACCUGCCUCAUCAACCCACCUGCCUCAUCAACCCACCUGCCUCAUCAAUGCACCUGCCUCAUCAACCCACCUGCCUCAUCAAUGCACCUGCCUCAUCAACCCACCUGCCUCAUCAAUGCACCUGCCUCAUCAACCCACCUGCCUCAUCAACCCACCUGCCUCAUCAACCCACCUGCCUCAUCAACCCACCUGCCUCAUCAACCCACCUGCCUCAUCAACCCACCUGCCUCAUCAACCCACCUGCCUCAUCAACCCACCUGCCUCAUCAACCCACCUGCCUCAUCAACCCACCUGCCUCAUCAACCCACCUGCCUCAUCAACCCACCUGCCUCAUCAAUGCACCUGCCUCAUCAAUGCACCUGCCUCAUCAACCCACCUGCCUCAUCAACCCACCUGCCUCAUCAACCCACCUGCCUCAUCAACCCACCUGCCUCAUCAACCCACCUGCCUCAUCAACCCACCUGCCUCAUCAAUGCACCUGCCUCAUCAAUGCACCUGCCUCAUCAACCCACCUGCCUCAUCAACCCACCUGCCUCAUCAACCCACCUGCCUCAUCAACCCACCUGCCUCAUCAACCCACCUGCCUCAUCAACCCACCUGCCUCAUCAACCCACCUGCCUCAUCAACCCACCUGCCUCAUCAACCCACCUGCCUCAUCAACCCACCUGCCUCAUCAACCCACCUGCCUCAUCAACCCACCUGCCUCAUCAACCCACCUGCCUCAUCAACCCACCUGCCUCAUCAACCCACCUGCCUCAUAAACCCACCUGCCUCAUCAACCCACCUGCCUCAUCAACCCACCUGCCUCAUCAACCCACCUGCCUCAUCAAUGCACCUGCCUCAUCAACCCACCUGCCUCAUCAACCCACCUGCCUCAUCAACCCACCUGCCUCAUCAAUGCACCUGCCUCAUCAACCCACCUGCCUCAUCAACCCACCUGCCUCAUCAACCCACCUGCCUCAUCAACCCACCUGCCUCAUCAACCCACCUGCCUCAUCAACCCACCUGCCUCAUCAACCCACCUGCCUCAUCAACCCACCUGCCUCAUCAACCCACCUGCCUCAUCAACCCACCUGCCUCAUCAACCCACAUGCCUCAUCAACCCACCUGCCUCAUCAACCCACCUGCCUCAUCAACCCACCUGCCUCAUCAACCCACCUGCCUCAUCAACCCACCUGCCUCAUCAAUGCACCUGCCUCAUCAACCCACCUGCCUCAUCAACCCACCUGCCUCAUCAACCCACCUGCCUCAUCAAUGCACCUGCCUCAUCAACCCACCUGCCUCAUCAACCCACCUGCCUCAUCAACCCACCUGCCUCAUCAACCCACCUGCCUCAUCAACCCACCUGCCUCAUCAACCCACCUGCCUCAUCAACCCACCUGCCUCAUCAACCCACCUGCCUCAUCAACCCACCUGCCUCAUCAACCCACCUGCCUCAUCAACCCACAUGCCUCAUAA